AUGGCGUCCAGCCGGGUGCCGGAGAGGGAGGUCCGGGAGGAGUCGAACCCUGACUUCAGCCUCCACAAAUACUCCCUGCUCAUCAUCACGGGACGGACGGCUCACCUCAGACAGACGGGACCCAUCAGCAGGGACAUUGAACGAGGUAUUCAGUCAUGGGACAUCGACUUAAAAUCCUGUAACCUGGAUCUCUACCUCCAGGAGUUUCUCUCCCAACACACGGCGUCCUUCAAGGGUGCAGGGCAGAAGUGUCUGCGCCACAUCACCAGAGUGUUGGACACUCAGGUGCUGAUCGGUCCGUCUCAGGAACAGGCUCAGUCAGAGGUGUUUGCUCUGCUGUCCAGGGACUCGGCCCACAAACUGUUAAUCUUGGCCGGCCAGAGCGUGGAGGGAAGUGGAGACCUGCUGUUUCACAGAGGGCUGUUCUCACCGCAGCUACUGAAACUAAUGCUGACAGAGCAGGUACGGCCCAUCAGCUCCGCCUGCUCCUCCAAACUCAGUUUGACCCUCAGCUGUCCCAACAUCGGCCAGUGGAGGAAGACUCUCUUGGGGAACCGGCCUCCGCAGUGUCCCUUCACGCUGCACAUCAACCCCCCGGAGGUGCUGCCCGCCAUGGAGGCUCUGGGGGAAUUCACCUCCCUCAUCUCCGGUACCCUCUCCCCUCCGUCCCCCUUCGACCUCCUGCCUCCUCCCGUCACCGUGGGUUUUCUCAAGCUGUCCCGCCCCUGCUGCUACGUGUUCCCCGCGGGCCGCGGCGACUGCGCCUUUUUCGCCGUCAACGGCUUCACGGUGCUGGUGGACGGCGGCUCGGACUCUCAGGCCUGUUUUUGGAAGCUGGUGCGACACCUCGACCGAGUCGACGCGGUCCUGUUGACGCACAUCGGGACGGAAAACCUCCCCGGGGUCAACGUCUUCCUGGAGAGGAAGGUGGCCGAGUUGGAGCUGAGUGCCGAUAUCAAAGGUAUGGAGCGUCCGGUACAUUCAAUCACGAGCAUUCGAUUUAAUGACUCGUCUAAGAGGCUAAUCUCCCCGGAGCUCGGAGUGGUGUUCUUCAACGCCCCCUGCAGGCUGCAGGUGGACGAGCAGCCUUGUGUGGACAAUGUACUGACGAGCACGCAGCAGGCGGCCCUCACCCUACAGCUGUUAGAGAAGUUAGACAUCAGGCCGCAGCCGUUGUUUCGCCCGCAAGGGGUUCCCAUUGAACCGCUGACCCUGUUCCAGAAGAUGGGCGUCGGCCAGUUGGAUUUGUACAUCCUCAGCCCCGGGAAAAACAGCCAGGAGUACCAGACACUCAUGCACAACUGGCCUGAUGCGGAGUCAUCGGCAUCCGAAUCCCAAACCACCCUGGCUUCAGUGUCCGCCCUGCUGGUGUGGCACCCGGCGUGUCCCCAGGAGAAGGUGGUCAGGGUGCUGUUUCCCGGUGUCACCCCACAGGCGAAGCUGCUGCUGGGGCUUGAGAAGCUGAAGGGGCUGGCCUUCCUCCAGAAGCCCACGGUGACCACCGGGGACGUGGAGAGACUUGGGGAGGACGGAAAGACCAAGGGGACGGAGAACCAGGAGAGCGUCAGGCCGCACGGAAAGGAGGCGACACCCAAACAUGGAAAAGAGCCGGGAGUUAAGGAAGAAGGAAAGGAGGUACCGGGGAGGGAAAAGGGAAAAGUAUUAAACGGAGUCAAUUCAAGAGAUGCUGAUAAAACCAGAAACAAAGACGCAGGCGUGAAGCAAAAGGCAGCGUUGACUGAGAAGAACGCCUCGAAGAAAGGUGGAAGGAAGGAUGGGAAAAAGGAGGAGAAGCCUGGGAACAUCCAGGAGAACGGCGGUAAGAGGAACGACCAGGGGGAGAAGGAUGUUCUUUCUUUCAAACCGAAGAAUGACAACAAAAUCAAGCUCAAAAAGGAAGCGAGAAACGACUUUAAAACGGGGGUGAAUAAAACGAGAAAACCGUCAGGAAAGGAUGCAAACAAUGGCAAGAAGGCAAAUGUAAACACUGCAACCAAACCCCAGACUGAGAGUGUUUUGGAAAUCCCACACCCGGAGCAGCAGACUCCAAAAACGGAGAAAGAGUCUGAAGAGAACUCCCGUGGCUCCAAGUUGUCUACCCCCGAGGAUAUGACGGAGGAUUUUCUCAGGCUCCGGGAGGAAACUGAAAGAGCUGAUAAGGCAAAGCAAAAAAGCAGCGAGCCAGGAAAUGAAAAGAGCCUCGGAGGUCUGAGCGUGGUAGCCGAAGAAGCUGCGGGGAUAAUGGGAGGAAUGAGUGGUGAUAAUGGUGCGCAAGACAAGACUCGGACCGGAGAGAAAGCUGACGCGGGCCCGCGGAAAGCUGCCAAACCAGAAAAGGUUUUAGGUUUUCCGUCUCCCCUGAACCUGGCACCGAAGAACGAGUGCGAGUCCCAGCUGGACUUGACCCCGACUGACCCCGAAGAGCAGACCGUAGAGCCCGCCUCCCCAGAUUCACGGCCCAACAGUGCAGGCCACACCCCUUACUGCCUGUCCCCGGGCGACGUUUGGUGCAACCGGGCCACUCUCAACCGGUUGCAGGCCCAGAUGGGUAACGUAGAGACAGCGGAUGUCAACCAGCCCGAUGGAUCGGCCAAGCAAAGCGAGAAAAGCAAUCCAGAGAGUCACACAAACCCCCGAGAGAGGCAACUCAGUUUCCUUUCUUUGGGUUCCUUUAAAGAGGGACCUUCAGACCCCUCUCCCUCUUUCACCACCACUACCACCACCACCACAACACACUCCAUGCCAGCAGAGGUGAGCUCACCUCAAUCCACAGAAGUAGACGAAUCGCUGUCCAUGUCCUUGGAGCAGGGACCGACCACGGGGAGCCAUUUUGCCGGGAUGUCUUUACCGAUAAAGAAGCCUCCCAGAUCGGCGUCAACUCACGAUGUGGAUCUAUGUCUGGUUUCCCCCUGCGAGUUCAAGCAUCUCAAACAGCCCGACUCCAGCUCGGGCGCCGGUGAGCCCCCAAGAGGAGCCUUCGCUCCACAUCACCACGGCAACAACAACUACAACCCCAAGGAUGCGUCACCCAGCGAGUCGUGCGCCCCCGUCUGCACGGAGGACUGCCCGUCCACCACCGCGGAUGGGUGUCUGGACUCGGACGAGGACGAGGAGUCGAGCAGCGAGCCGUCGAAUUCUCCCCGCAAUCUGCGCUCCGGUCAGGCUCUGCCCCCGGACCCCCUUCCAGCCCCUUUCAGGGACGGCCCGCCGCCGCCCCCCCACCCGGACACAUCCAUGCCCGUUCCUCAGGCCAAGUCCGAUGCCCACGGGAAGAAAGCAAAAGCCACUGGAAUGCGGGGGAAGAAAACUCCAGCCGUGAGUGGUCGAGGCCUCCCAGAGAUCCGGCUCGGGGAAAAGCCGGACGGGGGUCCAAAGUGGAGUCCCAAAGGCGAAUGUCUCGUCUACUCGUACGCCUUCCUCCAGCACCCGCCCAGCACCGGCAAAAUCCUCCCCCAACCCAGACGUACGUGUGUCCAAUGGUUUGUAUUGACAGGCGCCAAGUCUACCGGUUGUGGGGAGGUCAGUGUGUAUGUGGACCUGGCCUACAUCCCCUCUGGACCCUCCUGUCCGACCGUCGGCGUAGACUUCUUCAGGUGCGUCCGCUCCUCCUGUUACAUCAUCAGCGGUGACAGUCAAGAGAAGGAGGAGCUUAUGAGGCGCACGCUGGACGCUCUCCUGGAGGCCAAGACGUCCUGGCCCGACUCCAUGCAGGUGACGUUGAUCCCUACCUUCGAGUCGGUGCCGAUGCAGGCGUGGUACCAGCAGACCCUGGACCGGCAGAAGGAGCUGGGCAUCACCGUCCUGGGAUCCAACAGCACCGUCGCCAUGCAGGACGAGACCUUCCCCGCAUGCAAGAUAGAGUUUUAA